AUGAGGGCAGCCUAUAACCCAGCCAGAUUGAGUACUGCACUGAGACUCUCUGUCCGCACCUUUUCUACAUCGUAUCCCAAACAUGUCCGCGGCGAUAAGACUGACCCGCGCUUCUCCAGCUUGGGUCAAUUAAUUGAGGACAAAUUCGCCCAUAUACAAGAAGACUACGAACGUCCCAAAAAUGCAAUUGUCCUUGCCCAUGGUUUGUUAGGGUUCGCCGAACUCAAACUCGCGGGAGACCUUCUCCCGCCGAUUGAGUAUUGGCAUGGUAUCAAGAAUGCCUUGAAUAUGAAAGGGAUCAAGGUGAUUACGACGACUGUGCCGCCUUAUGGCUCAAUUGAGAAGCGAGCCGAGGCUUUGGUUGAGGAUAUUGCUGCGGAGGCCAACGGGCAGGAUGUGAAUAUCAUUGCAGGGCUCGACUCCCGGUAUAUGGUGAGCAGACUGAGGCCGACAGAAUUCAAAGUCCGGUCUUUGACAACCAUUGCUACCCCGCAUCGAGGAUCCGUGAUUGCCGACCACUUCAUGGAGCGAGUUGACGCCCAUGUAACUCGACUGCGCAAGCUCUCAAAAUCUGUCGACCGGAUAACUUCCGAAGCACAGGCAUUCAACCAAUUAACACGGAAAUAUCUCGCGGACGAGUUCAACCCUAAUGUGCCAGAUGUCGAGGAUGUCCGGUACUUCUCCUACGGCGCAAUGUUCCAACCAGGCCUGUUCAACAUCUUCCGACCGUUUCAUCGCAUACUGGAAGAGGUCGAAGGUCCUAAUGACGGCCUCGUCAGUGUUGCUAGCAGUAAAUGGGGCGGUGACUCGGGCUAUAAAGGUACGCUUGUGGGUGUGAGUCAUCUGGACUUGAUAAACUGGUCCAAUCGCAUCCAGUGGAUGCUGGGUGAGUUGACAGGGAAUAAGAGGAAAUUCAAUGCCAUUGCUUUCUAUCUAGAUAUUGCAGAUAUGUUGGCAAAGGAGGGUCUAUAA